CAAGGAGGAACUUUGAUCCACAAAAGAGGAGAAGGAGCGACAACAUCAACUACUGGACGCUGUUUUCAAGAAACAUCAAGUUGUGUUACACAUCCAUCCAUCUAUCUUCUUCUGCUUAUCCGAGGUUGGGUCGCGGGGCCAGCAGCCUAAGUAGGGAAGCCCAGCCUUUCCUUUCCCCAGCCACGUCAUACAGUUCUUCCUAAGGGAUCCCGAGGCCUUCCCAGGCCAGCCAGUUUAUAACAUAAUAGUGAAAGUCCAGUCCAUGGUGGGGCCAGCCAGAGACCAUCCCGAGCGCAGACAGACGUCUGUGAAGAACAUCUUCACCCUGAGCAACAGAAGUGGAGCUUCAGGAUGCAGACGGAGGAGCCACAGCCCUCCCACAUUAAGAAGGAAGAGGAAUACCUUCAGAUCUCCCAUUUUAAAAAGGAAGAGGAAAACCCACUAAUCCCCCAGUUUAAAGACGAAGAGGAGGACCUACUGACACCCCAUUUUAAAGAGGAAGCGGUGGAUCCACAGAGCCCACACAUUAAGGAGGAAGAGGAGGACCCACUGACCCCUCACAAUAAAGAGGAAGAGGAAGAACACAGCAUCAAUCAGCAGGGAGAGCAUCUUGAAGGACUGGAGGAGGUUGAUGUCCCCAAGAUGCCAGUGACUGGUGUCCCUGUGAAGAGUGAAGAUGAUGAGGUGAAAGGUGAAAGUGAGGAGAGGGGAGGGGGGGAGCCUCCAAGCAGCAGCUCAACACAACACAUGACAACAGAAGCUGAUGGAGACCACUGUGGAGGAUCACAAGCAGACAAGCUCUUAGCUCCACUAUCAGAUAGUGAGGACACAACGUCACACUCUCCUGACACUGAUGAUGAAGACUCUAAAGAUGAUGCAACAUGUCACACUGACAACACUCACUUCACAUCUUCUCACUGUCACAAAACUUUUAAAUACCAAAGUCGUCUGAAAAGACACAUGAGAAAACACACUGGAGAAAAACCUUUUAUGUGUUCAAUAUGUGGUAAUGGUUUUACAAAAAGUUGGAGUUUGAAAGUGCACAUGAGAAUACAGUGGUAAAAAAACUUUUGUCUGUUCAACCUGUGGUAAAGGUUUUACACAAAGUACAGAUGUGAAAAUACACAUGAGAACACACACAGGUGAAAAACCUUUUUCCUGUUCAACCUGUGGUAAAGGUUUUACAGUAGGUCAGAGUUUGAA